UUUUGACGGUAGAACGUAAGCCAAUCUUUCUACAGCUGCCAUACAAGGGCGAGGUUGCGACGGAACUACUAACUCGUCGUCUUUCGUUUUCACUCAGACGCACCUAUCCAGCAGCGCAGAUGCAAAUCCAGUUCACUAGCAUUCCGAUGGUGAGACUAAACUCAAAGGAUAAGAGGCCUGUCCACACCAACUCAAUGUGUAUCUACUCAUUUUCAUGCUCCUGUGGAGCGGAAUACAUUGGUCGUACGACACGGCGUCUAUCUGAGAGAAUGAAGGAACACCACCCGGUCGGGCUUAGAACUGGAAGUAGAAAUACAGCGAACUCAUCAAUAGCUGCACAUCUAGCUGAUACAGGGCACGCCACAAAGUUCACUGAUUCAUUCAAACUUAUUUAUCAGGCCCCAAAGCACCGCUCGAACUACGUCCGUAAGCGACUACUAGAAGCCGCUGAAGCAAUCGCGAUCAGACUGUAUGAACCGGAGCUAUGUAUUCAGAAGAAGCUAACUAAAGGCUUGGGACUGCCCUGGCCCAAACGGCUGGUGACCUCUGACCCACGAGGUCACACGAGGUCGACUGUCGUGGCUUAACAUACAGCGCUGUCAGCAUCCAAUUAACUCGCUCCAGUAGUAACGACUUGUAAUGUCUGUCUGUACAUUUUGAUUUGCAUAUAAUUGUAUAAGCCUGAAGAUGAAUUAUCGAAAACAUAUGUUCGCUUACCCUGACUUCUGAUCAUACUAUGGGAUUUUUUAAAACUGUGAAGCACCGCUUAGAUCCUCCUGUGUUAAAAUCGCUCAACAGAUAUGUGGGCUUCAGAACCAGGAUAGCGAAGGCGGAUAUAUGUCUCGAUUUUCUCGCUAAGUGCAUAGAAAGCAACAUUUAUCCGACGAACUACUGGAAAUCUCUUCGUCGCUCACGCAUCAGACCGGAUAGCAAUUGUUUGAAACGCCUAGCAUUAAACCAGAUAGAUGCCACUCGUAUCAAGAGGGACGAGCUCAAACGUGUCCUGAGUCAGUCGUGUAGCGCACUGGACAGUCUCUCAACCAGAGACCGAUCGGAGCUAGAGAAGACAAUUAAGGAAAUAAUCACAAAACAAGGAUCCAGAUUGCGUCAUCAGCUCACAAACACGCUGAAAAAGGAGAAGCCCUCAACAUCUUUUCCGGCCGAACCAGAUAGGUAUGUUCAAAACUUGUCAUGCCUGACGCUUGAUCGUGUUACAAUGGAGGUCUUAUCACUAGGCCCUAAAUUCUGUUUUCCUGCUAGGAAGGAUAAUAGACUAGCAAUAGAGGCCCAGUUUGAAAAUGUGUGCACACAGACCUCUCAGCUGACUCCUUGUUCUGAAAUGCAUGUGGAAGAGUUUAAAUCAUUUCUAGUGCAUGCAUGCUAUCAGUACCGACGUGCGAGGAUAGUACAUAAUACUCCGGUAAAACAAGAACACCUUGAAGCUCUUAACCGUCUGGUUAGCAAUGAUGAAGUCUUACUCACUCGGCCAGAUAAGGGCGCGGGCAUUGUUAUCAUGAACAGAGUGGACUACUUGAGCAAGAUGAAAGAAAUACUGGCAGAUGAAACCAAGUUUCUGAGAGCCAUAGGUGAGAAAGACAAAACUAAACAGAUUGAAACUCAACUUUGCAACUGUCUUAAACGGCUUCGAAAGGAUGGUUACAUUACCGAAGCCACUUAUGAGCAACUUCGGCCGGUAGGAACGGUUAUUCCAAGGCUUUAUGGGCUACCAAAAACUCACAAGCCUAACGUCCCCCUUCGUCCCGUCUUGGAUAUGAAAAACUCCCCUUAUCACUCGAUUGCUCGGUGGCUGGUUUCGAUUCUUACGCCUAUUCGAGAGCGAAUUGUUGUGCAUAGUGUGAAGGAUAGUUUUGAGUUUGUGGAUAUUGUGCGUGAUGUAAAUGUUUCCAAUCUAACCAUGUGCUCCCUCGACGUUACUUCACUCUUCACCAACGUACCGUUAGUUGAGACCAUAAACUACAUCUGUGAGUAUGUUGAUGUAAACCACAUUAAUGUUGGCAUACCCACGGUUAUCCUAAAGGAACUAUUGCUCAGAUGCACUUUCAAUGUUCAGUUUCUAUUCAAUGGCGAAUUAUACCGGCAGUGCGAUGGGGUAGCGAUGGGUUCCCCACUGGGUCCGUUCCUAGCCGACGUCUUCAUGGGCAUGCUGGAACAGGGAAAGCUAAAACCCACGAUCUCAAGUCUCGGUUUAUAUUGCCGUUACGUGGACGACAUUUUUGUCUUGCUUCAGUCGUCUCAAAGUAUCGAGGAACUCACAGACACGUUCAACCAAGGCCAUCCAGCAAUAAAGUUCACCAGCGAAGUAGAGGAAAGCAGUCGCUUUCAUUUCCUCGAUGUCGCUAUGAAAAGACUGGAUGGGGGUGCGCUACAGCGCUGCGUCUACAGGAAAAGUACGUGGAAUGGGCAGUACACAAACUUCUACAGCUUCGUGCCACUUAGGUUUAAACGGAACUUGAUAAAGACCCUAGUGAGCCGAGCUGAACGUAUCUGCUCGAAUGACACGCUUGCGGAAGAAUUAAAGUGCAUUCGCUUAGUGCUAAGGGAGAACGGCUAUCCGGAAAGCUUCAUCAGAGCCAACAUGGAACAUAAGAAGAAGAAAAAGCCUGUAGUUUUGACGGUAGAACGUAAGCCAAUCUUCCUACAGCUGCCAUACAAGGGCGAGGUUGCGACGGAACUACUAACUCGUCGUCUUUCGUUGGCACUCAGACGCACCUAUCCAGCAGCGCAGAUGCAAAUCCAGUUCACUAGCAUUCCGAUGGUGAGACUAAACUCAAGGGAUAAGAGGCCUGUCCACACCAACUCAAUGUGUAUCUACUCAUUUUCAUGCUCCUGUGGAGCGGAAUACAUUGGUCGUACGACACGGCGUCUAUCUGAGAGAAUGAAGGAACACCACCCGGUCGGGCUUAGAACUGGAAGUAGAAAUACAGCGAACUCAUCAAUAGCUGCACACCUAGCUGAUACAGGGCACGCCACAAAUUUCACUGAUUCAUUCAAACUUAUUUAUCAGGCCCCAAAGCACCGCUCGAACUACGUCCGUAAGCGACUACUAGAAGCCGCUGAAGCAAUCGCGAUCAGACUGUAUGAACCGGAGCUAUGUAUUCAGAAGAAGCUAACUAAAGGCUUGGGACUGCCCUGGCCCAAACGGCUGGUGACCUCUGACCCACGAGGUCACACGAGGUCGACUGUCGUCGCUUAACAGACAGCGCUGUCAGCAUCCAAUUAACUCGCUCCAGUAGUAACGACUUGUAAUGUCUGUCUGUACAUUUUGAUUUGCAUAUAAUUGUAUAAGCCUGAAGAUGAAUUAUCGAAAACAUAUGUUCGCUU